AUGCCGGACAAAACACAGAAGUACCCCGACAUGCUGAGCCUCCUUUUCGGCCCAAAGCUGCCGGGAAAGCGCAAUAAUCUGACAGUCAUUGAGGACCCGAAGACGGGUAAGAUGGAUAUUGUGGAGAAGAAGUGGCUGCGGGAGCAGAAGAAGAUUGCGAAGACCGCUUUGACCAAUAGUGGCCUAGAAGUUCGAGACGAGGAGCCUUCGGGCUACGACACGGAUUGUGAGCAUGACAAUACAAGUACCGAGGUCCAGACUUCGGGUGACGAGAAUGGUGCCCCCGUACCUGCUCCCAUUAAGGGCAAGGGGAAGGCAAGUAAAGAGCAUGGCCAGUCGAGCAAGCGUGAUGACAAGAACGGAUCCUCCGAUGACGGUGAUACCACGGUUGAGAACAGCAAGACUGCUAAAGCCAACCCAGGCGAGGGCCAGGCCAAGGCCAAGGCCAAGUCUGGCAAGUCGGAAGUUGUUGAAAAGAACGCUGGAUCCUCUGAGGACACUUCUGGCACCAUUGAGACCGAGGCUGCUCAGUUGAAAGCAACCAAGGGCAAGACUGAAGGCAAAGGCAAGCUCAAGGUAGACGACAAGUCGGGCAAGUCGAAUAACGGCAAUAACAACAGCGGAUCCUCCAAGGACACCUCUGUCACGAUUGAGACCAAGGACGCCCCUCAUUCUAGUGCAAUCAAGGACAAGACACGGCCGAGCUCCAAGAAAAAGGUUGCCUUUGUGUCGCCCCCGGAAACCAGUGCCGAGAACUCAGAAGCGGAGACCUUGAACACGGUUGGCACUUCUGCGACACCUGCAUUGCUCGCAAUUCUCUGGCAAGUUGAUCCAGAAACCUCUACCCAACCUGAAAAGUCUACCACAUCUCAGGUUAUGCAAAAUUCCACCGAUAGGCAUAACAACUCUGAAUCUGCAAACGUGGAAGUAGACACGCUCGCAUCCCAAACUGAGGCCAUCAACCUCAACACCCCUUCCCCGACCGACACCAUCACAACCACUUCAGCCAACGCACCUGACGUGACCGCUGCAACCAACUCAAUCAAUUCAACCGAGACUCCCAUCCCCGGUAUCAACAUUAAUCGCCUGAAGGGUCCUGUGAGCAGUGACCUCUGCAACAAUCUCCUCAGCGACAGUCUUUACAUCGAUCCCUUCCCAGAUCCCCCCCUUCCAGCCUCUUUCCACCACAAUCCCCAACCAACUCCCACCACGACCACCAUCACCGAAGAACAGCAAGCACAAGACUCAGACUCAUCCAUCAUGGCACGCGACAACACCCAAUGGAAGCCCUGGGAAAAUGGCGCGCUAUGCAAGCUCCGCGCCGACGGGCACUCCUUCGGCGCCAUCGCGCAGGCCCUCGGCAGCGGCAAGACCAAGAACGAGUGUUGCAAGCGCCACGCGUACCUGGACUCCGAGUUCAAGAUGCGCAGUGGAAAGUCGGCAGAUGAUGUCGGCGAGACUUGGGCCGCGUACGAGUUGAGUCGGGGAAGAGAGAUUCCCUUGGUUGUUGGAGCGAGCACUCCUACUACGACUGAUGAUGAGGAUGCUAGUGAGGACGCUGAUGAGAAGAAGAAGAAGAAAGCGAAGGGCAACAAGGGUGUCGAUACCAAGAAGAAGAAAAAGGCUUCCGGCAAGGGAAAGGGCAAGGCCAAGAAGGACGACACUACCACUAACCAGGAAUCUUCUGAAUCCUCUCAUACCUACUCUGACUCCUCCGAGGACUCCAAGGCCAAGGGCAAGGGCAAGGGCAAGGCGAAAGCCACGUCCAAGUCCAAGGCCAAGGGCAGCAAGUCCAAGUCCAAAAAAGCUGCCGACUCCUCUUCCUCCUCGGAGGACGACGACAAGGACGAGGAACAAGGCAACGUCGACAACGAAGGAGGAGGCAACGCCGAGAAUGCCAACGACGACAACGACGACGACGACGAUGACGAUGACGAUGACGAUGAUGAAGAAGAUGAAGAGGACGAAUUCGAGCAAGAGCGCAAGGCCCAAAAGCACUUCAUCUACCACGAAGUGUAUAACAACGCGUACCCGAACCAGCGGCACGUGGAGCCCGACGAGUUCUGGUCGCCCGACGACUGCCGGGUCCUGGCCAUCUGCGAGGCGAAAUUCAAUGCCCUCAAGUGGAAGUACAUCCAGGCCGACUUCUGCAACGCCACGGGACGCUUGGUGCCCAUAUUCUUGAUGAAGCACAAGUUGGGCAUUGCUGAUGAUGAGGAGGACGAGUGA